CCAUUAAAAACUGAUUGUUUCAUUAUGAUUUAUUAGUAUAAUAAAUAUAUCUCUGUGUUUUUUUCCAUAUUAACAGACUACCUAUAGCAGUUGUAGACUAAAAAAUGUCACCUUUAGCACAAACAGAACAAAAAGGAAAAAUUUUAUAUAUAAACUUUUGUACAAACAGUAGAGAUAUAAGUAAAGGAAGACCUAUAACCAACUAUUAUCAAAAUUUUGUUUCUUUAAUCCUAUUAAUUGUAAGUUUCCAUGAUUAUAAUUUAAGACUUCAAACACAACUUUUGGUGAUCAGCAGUUAUCAUUAGACUUAUUUAUGUUUAUUUUUUGAAAUUUCAGGAAUUAUAAAAGGAGAUGAAAUAAUGGUGAUAAAUGGCGCUAUAGUAUCCGAUCUUGAUAUGAUGUACUUGGAGUCAGUACUUCAGGAGGAACUGAGUCUUUGUAUGAUGAUGAGAAGUUCCCGAACCGAACCACCAGAGACUCAAGCUGGAGGGCUCCUGCGUCCAGAUGUCGAUAUCGAGAGUCUCGUGUGCCCGCCUCCCCCUUCAGAGCCUCCUGUCAUAUCUGAGGAAAUGAUUUCUGGACUUAUUGUACCUGCUCCAGGCUGGAGUAAGGAACUUUACUCUCCAGAAGCAGAAACAUCCCCUGCUCCACCAAACAGCGAACCAGCAUCAAAACAAACUACUAGAGCCAAUUCUUUUGAAAUAGAAAAUCUCCUUAAAACUGCUGAACAGGUUACAGGAUUCUGCAGAUCUCCGGUCGAAACCAGAAAGUCAAGCCCGACUGGUAGCGUGGUUAGUUCAGGUGCAGGACUUACCCCGAGCAGGCAAUUGACAGAUGCUGAAAAACUGAGAAAAGUCAUACUUGAAUUGAUCGACACUGAAAGAACUUAUGUCAAGCACCUAAACAGUUUAUUAGAAAAUUACUUAGAGCCUCUUAAAAAAGAAACAUUCCUUUCUCAAGCUGAAAUUGGUGCUUUGUUUGGAAAUAUACAAGAAAUUGUUUCUUUCCAAAGACAAUUUCUGCAGAACUUGGAAGAGGCUCUUGAAAUGGAGCCAGACUUUCAUAAAUUUGACCAUCCCAGUCAAUUCAAGAAUGUUUUAUUCUCAGUCGGAAGCGCUUUUCUGUAUUAUGUCAACCAUUUUAAACUCUACAGCUCAUUCUGUGCAAGUCACUCUAAAGCUCAAAAAGUUCUUCAUCCCAAUGAAGGUAAUCAAGCACUGCAAGAAUUCUUGGCAGCAAGAAAUCCAAGGCAGCAGCAUUCCUCUACCCUCGAAUCAUACCUCAUCAAGCCGAUUCAAAGGAUUCUUAAAUAUCCAUUAUUACUGCAACAGCUUAGAAACUUGACCGAUCCACAGUCUGAUCAGCAUUUACAUUUAUUAGAGGCUUUAAAAGGAAUGGAAAAAGUAGCAGAGCAUAUUAAUGAGAUGCAGAGAAUACAUGAAGAAUAUGGUGCAAUUUUCGAUCAUCUUUUCAGGCAGCAUCAAAAAUCAUGCAAGCAGCCAAUUGACUUGAGCCCUGGUGAUCUUCUUUAUUAUGGUGGCGUUGAAUGGUUAAAUAUUUCUGACUUCCUAGGGAAAAUAAAGAAGGGCCUGGAAUUACAUGCCAUGUGUUUUGUUUUUAAGUCGGCUGUUGUAUUUUUAUGCAAAGAAAGAAUAAGGCAGAAGAAGAAACUUAUGAGUGUUGCUAGUAAAGGAAAUCCUAAUGAAGUUGAGAUAAUAAGGUAUCAGGUAUUGAUACCUGUGACAGAAGUGCAAGUCAGGGCAAGUUCGGCUAAAGAUAUGGAAUCUCAUUUCCUCUGGGAACUUAUACAUCUAAGAAGUCAGCUACAGAGGAGAUCUGAAAAAGUAUAUGUUCUCUCUAACAGCACUGGAGAUUUCCGUAAUGCAUUUUUAAAAACGAUAAGGCAGAUUAUCCGUGAAAGUGUGAGGAACAUGAAUAUUCCCGCUACUAAACCAGGAACCCCUCAAGUCAGUGGUGCAUCAACUCUUGGAAGGGGGCAACAGCAGAGUCACAAAGGUACAAUGGUAGAGCAGCCCCAACCUAAGACCACUGCCUCAGGAGCAGUUAUUAUGCCUGGGUCUCAGACUCUGGGCAAGUCGAAAAGACCUCCAAAAGGCCCACAGCGUCAUUCAGCAGGAAAUAUUGACUAUGAUGGAGAUUCAAGAGAAUCUAGUGUUGAAGGCGCUUCCCAGACAUUUAGAUCUCGAAGCAAAACUGUAUCUGAUGCAGUUGAUGAUUCAUCUGAGAAACAUCGCCACGACUUAGAUCCAGGAACUAAGUCCGAAGGUGAGGAAGAUGGAGGUAGCAAGAAGUCCGGCCUUGGAAGGACACCAAACCAUUUGACACUCUCUACAACUUCUACUCUCUCCGCCGGUUCUACCGGUAGCCAAGCUCGCCUUAUCCAGUCCUCUCAACAACCCCAGAACUACCAACCACCUCCAGCAGACCUAGGGUCGCCAGUUUGGAAACCAAGAGACAUAAGCGAAACGGUGACACUUCCUCGAAAGAAAACGACCUCUGGGCCUGGAGAUUCAAGGACUCUCGGUCGGAAGUAGGGCAACAAAGCAAGAGGUAAAAUCUAGGGACACACCCUCUUAACAUCAAUGCCUUACAUCUACCUUUUAAGAAUUAUAGAUUUCAUUAUUAUUAAGUAUGAAAGAAGUGAAAUAAUCUAUUUGUAUUCUUAUUUUGUUUUAUUUUUUUAUGUGACCUGUACAUCUUUAUAAUGUAAGUCUGUUAUCUAAUGCUGAUAUUAGAUAAAUUUUGUUAGAUUCCAUUAUAAUUUAUUAUUUUCAGUUUAUAAUAUUUUAUUAUUUAUUUCCUCACUAAUGAGGAAAUAUUUUUUUUUAAUUAAACAGCAAUGUUUUUAUGACAAUUCGUAUGAUUUACAAUGUGAGUUUAUGUUAAUUUAUAUUUUCUGAAUGGGAAGAGGAGACAAGAAAAGCUUUAUGAAAGAUUUUUAGAUGUCAAAUAUCAUUGGUUACUAUUGCAUUGAAUAGUUACUUAAUGUUUUAAUUUAAGGUUGUAAGAAUUAUUUAUGUUUUCUUAUUUUCUCAUUCUAUUAGAUGCAUGCUCUAAAAAAAAAACUCAAAAAGUAUAGAUACGUAGAAAAAUAUUUUGAAAAACUAAAAAUGACAGUAAAUAUGGAUAGUACCAGACAUAUUUAUUAUUAUAAUUUAAGAUUUAAAAGUAUUUAUUAAGAGCAUUGUUUAAGAAUUAAUUGAAUUAAAUCAUGUUAAUCUUAUGAAAGCAUUUACAAAAUAUUAAAUUAACGAAUUUAACAAGCUAUAUAAAAUAUUUAUUUCUUAAUUUAAUAAGUCUGGUUUUUAAUCUUUGGUAUAUAUCUAAUUAUUUAAUUUUGUUUUCUAAAAAAUAAACUAUUUUAUUCAGUUGUCUCACAUGAAAUGUCAGUUCAAAAAAAUAAAAUUAAUUAACACACUUCACUACAUUAGUGAUUUAAUUCUUCUAAUCAAUCGAAGUAUGCUUAUAGAUAGUUGCAAUGAACAAGCCCUUCUCCAUAAAAAGAUUUAGUCUAAAAGAAUAGAAAUUUUGUAUGGUACCACUAAUUAUAAAAUCUGACUUUUUAGAAAAUUGUUUUAACAAGAGCUAAUUGAUCUAGUGGUUUCUGGUCAUUUUCAAAGAUUUAUAUAGUCAGUUUUGUAAUGAAUAAUUUUUAAUUUUGUCAAGGAAUUGGCUCAUUUUUUUUUUUUGGAAACGAAAUUUCUGCUAUUAUAGAUUUGUUAAUCGACUGUUACCUCUUAUAUUUUUUAAUAUUAUCCCAAAGUCAAUGUUCCAUGCCACACAACCAAGUAAUUUUUAAUUGAUAAUAUUUUUUUUAAAAAAUCUCAAUUUAUGUGCUUGUUGACAGUGAGUAAAAUUACUUGAAAUUAUUCUUUAUAAUCUUUUUUAAAGUAAUUUGAUGAAGCAAUCCUUUUCUUUUCUUCUCUUUUUAGAAUUGAAUUGAAAUAUUAAUAUUUCUUAUUUUGAUUUUUGUUAUUUUUAUUACUCUUGUUCUUGUUAGAAAAUAGUUAUGCAAAGUGGCCUAGAAUAGUUUAAUCAUAUUGUAACAAGCCACUAUGUGCCUACACAACUUGUGCUGUGGACAAAAUUAAAUCAAGAAUAAUUUGAAACAUUACUUAUAAGCGAUUCAUAAAUAAAAAAAAAAUGAUUUGAUCUCACUAUUCACUUAAGAGUGUCAAUAUCUUUUGUCUAGGGGUUGUGUCCCUUUACGUAAAUAUUUUCUUCUUGUUAUAUUUUAUUAACUAUUAUUAUAAUUUCUUUUUAAUUUCUUAUUUAUAGAUUAUUUUUAGAUAAUUUUUAGCUCUUUUCUUGCUAGCAAAUCUAUUUUUUUUAUUUACUUUUUUUUUAUUGUGUACAUAUUUUCAUCAAUAAAAAUUAUUGUAAAAUAAUUGCACUUACAUGCAUAAAUUCAUUUAUUUAAAUAUGUAAGUGUAUUUUAUGUAAAGUGAAACAAACCUCAUUGUAUACUAGUUAAAAACAAAAAAAUAAAAUAAAAUAAAUAAAUAAAGCAUUCCAAAUUAAUAUAUUAUCCUUUAAUUGUACAAAUAUUAAUUUUUUAACUAUGGAAAUUAAUAUAAAUGUGUCAAAUAAAGACUGUGAUGAUGACAGAAUGAAAUAAUUAAGAAAGUGGGUUAUUACUUAAUUAAUUUAUGUAAAACUCAAGAGUAUUAACUUUACAUAAAAAUUAAGGGAAAAAAUCAUAAAACCCUAAUACCCGUUGAUUAUUGGUUUUGUGCCAAAUUAAAAAAAAUAAAUAAAUAUAUCUUACUUGAGUAUAAACAUAAAUAGUUUAAUUCUCCGAUUCAGUCUUUGACUAUAAUAAGGUCAAAGCAGCUCAAAGUUUCUCUUUGGUAAUGUUUAAUUAAUGUAAUACAGAUAAUCGAUGUGUUAACUCAUAAAGUUAAACAAUAUAGCUGGUAUGUUAUGGAUUGAACUAUUUAUAAUUAAUGAAUUUAAUUACUAAAUAAAUCUACACACUAUUGAAUCCGUAUCUUACUUUAAAAAUUUAGUCGAUAACAAGGUAUAAAAUAGAUUUACAUGUAACUAAUAAGCAGAAUAAAUGAAAUCCAUUAAGUCUUUUUCGAAAACAAUCCUAUUCUUGUAAAUAAUAAUUAAAUUUGAUUUAAAAUGAUAAUUUGUUUCAUAAUCUUAUAUUUUAUAAUGAAAUAUAAAAAAAAAAUGUUAGUGAUAUUAAUAAAUAACAUUUCUUUGUAUCAUUUUAAAUUUUCUGCUUCUUAGUAUUAUUAAAAAAAAAAAAGUAAUAUGCAUAUUAAAUCUAGAGUAAUUUCCACUUUCCGAAAUCAAAUUGUAUCAAAUUUUAUUUUAAGUUUAAUUAUAAUUAUUUAUUUUUAUGUUAUAUCAUGAUUUGUAAUGUAAAAUAUAAAAAUCACUUGCACCCAGUUAUUGUUAUAUGUGAUUAUUGUGAGAGGAUCUUGAUUAUAAAUAAAUAAUAUAUAAAUUAUAUAUAUAUAUAUAGAAAAUAUAUUAUGAUACGUAUAAAUAAGUUUAUAUGUAUAUAAAUAUAUACAUAAGUAUUAUAUAACAUGGGGCUCAAAAUAUAAAACAGGUCACAUGAUGUGAGAUAUGUGCAAGUAUGGAUGUGAUCACAUUGACAUAUUUUAACAAUUGUUCUUUUUAAAUUAAUCUUAUGAUAAUUAAUUAAUUACUGUGGAUAAAUGUAGUAAUGUAUGGUUUCUAUGAGCAGAGCUGCUGUUUUAAGAACCAAAAGAAAAAAAAUUAAAUAAAAAGUCAAAACAAUGUGUUUCCUUUUUGAGGUCAUUUAUUGUGUAUGCAGUUCAAUAAUUUUCUGUAUCGUGCGUUACAUUAUUAAAGUGGUCUUACGUAGAAAGUAGUUCUAAAAUGACCAUUAUAAGCUUACGGGUUCUCAUGUUUAUAUUUAUUUAUGCUUUAGUGAGUGAUGUGUAUUUAUGAAUAAGUAAUUUAUUUAAAUAUUUAUUUUGUAUAGUUUUUAAUGUAAAUAGUAUUUUUAACAUGGUUGUUUAAAAUAAUUUUACUGUUGUUUAUGCUUAAUUUGAAUGAGGUAUUCUCGUCUCUUUAAAAUAAUUUCUCAGAUCUAUGUAUAAUUAUAAUUUUCAAAGACUUUUUUUUUAAGUGAAAAUAUAAUUUAUUUACUGAUGUACUUAAAGAUUUUCACAUAGUUUCACUUUUUAUAAUAUAUUCUUAGACUAUUUAAUACCUCAUUCAUAUUUUUAAUCCUAUGAUAUUACAACAGGUCUAUCGGACUUUGUUAUUAGGGUUUUCACCCAGAUGAAUGUCAAUUGAUUAAUAAUGUAUUUAUGUCUCUUUUAUUUGUUAAUUAAAACAUGGUACUAAUUGAGCCAGUGUUCAUUGGGAAUUGAAACUUGUAAUUAAUAAGGCUAGAACACAAAAGGUUCGUUUAAGGGAAUCAAGACAACUCCUGUGAUAUCAUAUUCCUCUAACCAUUGCUUUCUUAAUAUGUUUUAUUUACUCUACUCUCUUACAUCGUAUGCAUACACAACAUGUAUAUUAUGCAGUUUUCAAUUAUUUAAAAUACAAUAAAAGCGCUGGAUUGUUCUUGACUUUUUAUUUUGUUGUGGUGUCGUUUCUAUUAUAAAUAUGUUCAUUGUAUUUUUAAAUAAUAAAUUAAUGCAUGUAUUUAAUUUCAAUAUAAAUUUAUGAAGUGUUAAUCUAAUUCAUACAAUUUUUUUUAUACUCUUUCAAAUGGAACAUAGAGUGAACAAUCCAGAUAAAACUAUAUAUAUAUUUGUUUUAAAGAUUAUUUUAUUAUUAUUAUUUUUAAUUUAAAUAAAAGAAGAAAUUAAAUUUAGAAAGAAUAAAAGAGGUUUUGAUGUAAAUGGCCAAGGAAAAAAAAAUUGAAAAUGAAACGCAUUGAUGUUUUAAUGAACGAUUUUGUAGAUUAGUAUUUAAUAUAAAAAACAAAAAAAAAUGAAACACCUAUGUAUCACCACAAAUUUUAUUAUAUUUUUUUCUAGUCAAUCACUAUUUCUUGUUAACAAUCAGUAUGUAUUAGUUUUGUAUUUUUAUGUUUUUAAAAAGCACUUAUAUAGAGUUGAAUUAGUUUUCUCAUACUUACAGUAUAAGUAUAUAUACAAAAUAUAUGAGAAGCUAUAUACAUAAAGAAAUAAAUUAUUAUGAAGAUCUUCAAAGUGACAUCCUUUGUUAUCAUUAGGAUAAGUUGUUAAGUAGAUGAAAAUAAAAAGAAAAAAAGAAGAAAAAAAAAGAAAAAGAAAUAAAGAAAAAAUACCAAUUUUAUUGGAAUUAUACUAUUAAUAAAAAAAAAAAAAAAUGAAAGAGUUUUAUUCCGUGCAUCAUAAAUCUUAUGCUGUAUUAAAUAAUUCUAAUUUUUACAUUUUUAUUUUUCCCUUGUAUGCCUAAAUUGAGCAUAUUUGUGAGACCUUAGUGUUCAGUCAAUCUUUUCUGCCAUACCAUUUACACAUUUUACGCAAAAAAAUAAUUUUUUACCUGAAAAAUUAAAAUUUACUUUUUUUACCAGAAAAAUUAAAAUUAACUUUUUUUACCAGAAAAAUUAAGAUUAAUUUUUUUUCCAGAAAAU